GCAUGUUUAAAAUAUGAUGCAAGGCGAAGUGUCUGAAGGAGAUGUGUCAGAAGUAAUAAAAAUAGCCAUCCUCCCCAAACGGCAACGUUAUCUUGUUUGGUGUUGGAAGCGCGUGUAUUUGCAGGCCGGCAGAAGAGUUUAGAAAUGGCAACUUCAAAUAAUCACGUUUUGAAGUUGUAUAAAACAAUGCUACGUGAAUCUCAGAAGUUUUCCUCGUAUAAUUACAGGCUGUAUGCUUUAAGACGGAUUCGAGACAGCUUUAGAGCUGGUAAAUCUCUGGCCGACUCGACAAAAAUUAUGGAAGCAGUUCAAAAUGCAGAAGAAAAUUUAGAAAUAAUCAAACGUCAGGUUAUAGUGGGGAAUCUUUAUGCAGCUGAGAAGCUUGUAAUUGAAAAGAAAGCAGAGAAAGAAUGGGCGUCUCAACUGAGAAUAACAAAGUCAUGACUGGAUGCUGAUAGGAGAAUUCAGAAUGUGACAUGUUACCUGAGUUGUGCUGGCAUUGCUACAGUCAAUAGAAGUUAAGAUGAUGGAUUCCUAGGCAGAGAAUAGAUCUUCAAAAUGACAGCAUAAAAUACAGGUUUAGUUAGUUUUGUACUUACUGCAAUGAGAU